AUGCAUAAACGAAUUUCGGAUGAGACAGUCACUGUUAAACCUGUACCGAACAGGAUCGCAAGGCAUCCGGUUACUGAAAGUGGGAAUAUUACCCGAGAAAUAAUUCCCACUGAUAUCGAACAGAGUCAUACAAGGAAUCGGGAUGCUAUCAACAAUCUCCCCACUAAGUCUGUUGUAGCUCAAAUCAAGAAAACGCAGCUUCGUGCAGUUGUUAAGGCCAUCCGAGAUUCUUCCAGAGUAAUAAUUCUGGGCCAAAUUCAAUACCUCCAAGCUGUCACACGAGACCAAACUAUCGAGAAGUUUUCCUUCCAGAGUCGCCCGUGGGCCCCACACCAUCCUCAAGUUAGGGAGGCUCGUGAUUCGUGA